UGCCAAAGCGUCUCGCGGGCGUUUCCACCACCCGUGCACAUGCAAGGCUCAGCAAGAACCCCAUCACCACCCACACGACUUGGCUGAAAGGAACUGGGAGAAACUCCACCCCAACGUCCCCGUACGCCAUGACUGAAAGCCAGGUUGUUCCUGUAGCGGACCCAUCCCUCCUCGGCCUCCUCACCGACCCCACAACAACACCAGCACACACCCGUCUCCUCCCCCUAGCAGCAACAGCAGCGCUAUGCACAGUCGGCUUCUACAUCCUCACUAGAUGGCUCAACCCAACUCCUAAAAGCAAAAGCAAAGUUACACCACGGCAUAGGAUCUACCGCGCCCAAACGCACCACGCCCGAUAUAUCCCCGUUCGACACUCGUUCCGAUAUCCGCUUUUUUACUUUGGAGUUGAUUUGGUGGAAGGGAACGAUGGUGAUCUAGGGGAGGAUGGUGGUGGAUGGUUUAGAAAUGCGGUGGGGGCGCGAUGGGUCGGAUGGGGAAGAAAGGCGGUGUUUGCGAUAUGGGCGAAGGAUCAUUUGAUGCAGGAGGAGGUCGUUGAUGGUGAGGGUGGGAAGCGGAUUGGGGAGUUGGGGAGGUUAAGAUUGAAGCUGUUCAAGGUUUUACGGGAUUUCGAGGUUGAUACAACCGACAUAGGCCUAGUCGAAUUCCUGACGACGCCGCGAGUCUUUGGAUACAAUUUCAACCCGCUGAGCGUGUACUACUGCUACGACAAAACGAACAACAUCCGCGCAAUCGUGUUGGAAGUGAAUAACACCUUCAGCGAGCGGCACGUCUACGUUUGCGAUCACCGUAAUCAGAUGGAUACGAAAGUCGCUGGCUACCCGCUCUCCUACACCCUAAACCGCUCCUUCCAUGUCUCCCCUUUCAACAACCGAAGUGGCACGUACGAAGCGCACUUCACCGACCCAUUGAGCGAAGGAGGAAAGAUGGACAUCCUCCUCAACAUCAAGCGCUACACAGACGGCUCCACCACCCCAUCAACCACCCCAGCAACACACUACCCGAUUUGGCUAACUGCCCGAGUCUACGGCACAUCCCACCCUCUAACUCGCACCGCCGCCGUCAGCCUCCUCCUCUCAUACCCCCUCACAGCCUUCCUCACCGUCCCGCGGAUCCUGCUCGAGGCCGCAAAACUGCGGUUCACGCAUAAACUGACUGUAUAUCAGAAACCGGGACAGUACGCGGCCGCGCCGAGUGGGAAGGCGGUCAAAUGGAGUAAACUGGGCGGGUUGAAUGCGGCAUGUGCGGAGUAUGUGGGCAUGUGGUUGAGGGACGUGUGCGCAAAGAAGGGCGUCAGCGUGGAUGUCGUGCUUUGGGAUGGGACGCAGCUGGGUGGAGUGACAACGUCGGGCGACUCAUCAACACCAGCAAUCACAAUAAGAGCGAUAACGCCUUCGUUUUUCACCACGCUUGCCGCCGCACCCACCGACAUCGGUACCGCCCUCCUCUGCACAUUCGUCCGUGGCGACUGGACCUGUACUUCCAAUGAGUUACGUCUUUUUCUUUCCGCUUUGCGGAGAGCCACAUCCCCAUCGCCUUUGACGGCAUCAUCACAUUUCCCACAAUUACCCGGAUUCACACCCCUCCCGCCACCAUCCACCGCCCUGCUACGCGUCCAGAUCGCAUGGGGAUUGGCGAAACUGCACGUUGCCCAGAAGCUGUUCAAGUCCGUGGCGAAUUUCGCGGUCGACCCGUAUGACGUCAGGACGAGGAUUGAGGGGUAUUGGGUGGGCGAGGGUGUCGCUGAUGAAGAAGAUGAGUAUGAAGAGAUUGAGAAACGCGCGUACGCGGUGGAUGAUGGGAGCCGCACCCGGAAGAUCGAGAGCGCACGGAUGCGUGUGUUUCUUCGAUGUUUGGAAUGAACGCGGGCGAGGACUGGGGCGAGAUGAUUCCUGGGGAUGUACGGGAUGAGGAGGGACUAUAUGUUGAAGCUACACGAUGGACGGCGUAAAAUUCAGACGUGUUUAUGAGAACAUGUUUCGCUGCGAGAGCUAACCCUCGCCACUUGCAACUACUGUACAUACUAUCACUUUUCCUAUGCGAUGCCAUGCCCUAUAUACAUAUGCACUGAUGCGACGACAGUUACAGUUGUUACCUAUGAUUCUGCCUGAAUAGAUUCUAAGCUUUGUUCUCGAACGUCGUCUUGCCUCCCUUGGUCGUGACGACAUACAGGCCGCCGUUGUCGGGCGUCUCCUCGCCAGCCGCCCAACCGUACACCCUCCUGGAUAGAAGGAAGUGAAAGCCGAGUACGCAUAAGUCGUAGGUACUCUUGACACGGAACAGACGGUUGUACUCACUUGGCCACGGCGUCCAAAGGUG